AUGCAGUCUCGUUUAGUUAGUAAAGUUCGUUCCGGUUUGGAAAGUGUUGGUCUAAAAAAACAUCGAAGUGAUAGUCAUUCGAAAAGUGGCGAAUCAGAUAAACCUAAACGUAGUAAAAUUUUAGCAUUAAUAUUAGCUGGUGGUGAAGGUGGUCGUCUUGAUGUUCUUACUGAACAACGAGCUAAACCAGUUGUUCCAUUUGGUGGAACUCUUCGUUUAAUUGAUUUUUCCAUGAGUAAUUGCCGUCAUUCACAUCUACCUGAUGUUUGGAUUAUUGAACAAUAUGAACUUCAUGAAUUAAAUGAACAUCUAGCUAAUGGGCGUCCAUGGGACAUGGAUAGAACAUAUGGUGGUCUUCAAAUAUUACCACCAUUUGAUGUUCAUGAUAAAGAUAAAAAAGAUGGUGGUAAAGAUGAUAAAGAUAAAGAUAAAGACAAAGACAAAGACAAAGACAAAGAUCAAGGCAGUGGAAGUAAAGAUAAAGAUGAUGGCAAAGACAAGGACAAAGACAAAAAGAACAAAGAUGGAAAUGAUAAAAAAAGUGAUGAACAUGGUGGAUUCGCUGAAGGCAAUGCAGAUGCUAUUUACCGACAUCGUCGUUUACUUAAUAAAUUCGCACCUGAUCUUUUAGUAGUUUUAAGUGCCGAUCAUGUUUAUAAACUUGAUUUUCGUGAUGUUAUCGAUUUUCAUAAAGAACAUCAAGCUGAUGUAACAAUGGUAACAACAAAACUACCAGAAGGAGAUACAGCUACACGUUUUGGUGUUGUUCAAGUCAACGAUGAAGGUCGUGUUACAGAUUUCGAAUACAAACCAAAACAACCAAAAUCUGAUCUUGUUACAGCUGAAGUAUUUGUUUAUGAUUAUCCAAAAUUAAUGGAUACACUUGAUAGUUUAUCUGAUGAUGGAGAAUUAAAAGAUUAUGGUGAAGGUUUAUUACCACAAUUAGUUAAAGAAGGAAAUGCAUGGGAAUUUCGUUUAAAUAGUUAUUGGAGAGAUGUUGGUAUUCCAGAAAGUUAUUGGCAAGCAAGUAUGGAUUUAAUAUUACAAAAAGGCGAUUUAAAUUUAGAUGAUCCAGAAUGA